AUGAAACAGUCCUGGAUGCUGGUGAAUCUUGACAUGAAUGAGACAGAAAACAUCUCCUCACUGGGUCGACGCAUGCUGAAUGGCUUGUGGGACAAUCUCAUUGGAAUGCUCGCCCACUCAACCGGAAUCAAAUUUGUCCCCGAUAUUCUUUCCAAAAGGGAACAGGACACUACGGCCGACUUCGAAUCAGACAAAGAAUGCGAAAGAAAGUCGGAUCCACCUCCUCAGAGGAGUACUCUCGGCCGAUUGGAACUGUUUCCAGAUGCUUCUUUGCAUAUUCGAUCACAUUCACAAACAGGAAGACGUCGCAAGCCUGAGCCUCAUAAGUCGAUAUGUAUACAACACUGGCUACGAGGUUUUACAGCGUCGUUACAUGACGGACAUAGCAUCGUGGGCUGGAUGUCGUCUUAUAUGUAUUGGAUAUCACGCCGAAUUCAAUGA